GACGAUGGGCACGCAGCUCAGCAGUGCCCCCACCAUCGCCCUGUUCGGCUGCCUCCUUACUAUCACGGCUGGUAUUGCAGAGACGGGCAACAGUGACAUAUGGCCGCUAGAGAGGCCAGAGGGCAUGCCUGCCAUACAGUCACUGGAGGUGAUGUGUGGUAAGGAUCAUAUGGACGUCCAUCUCUCCUUCACACAACCCUUCGAAGGCAUCGUCUCGUCCAAGGGGCAGUACGGAGACCCGAGAUGUGUCUAUGUUCCUCCGUCUACCGGCAAGACCUUCUUCUCAUUCCGCAUCGCGUACGCAAGAUGUGGCACCAAGCCGGACCUGAACGGGCAAUUCUACGAGAACACAGUCGUGGUCCAGUACGACAAGGACCUGCUAGAAGUGUGGGAUGAGGCCAAGAGAUUGCGGUGUGAGUGGUACAACGACUACGAGAAGACGGCUUCUAAGCCUCCCAUGGUGAUAGCGGACCUGGACGUUAUACAGUUGGACUUCAGAGGGGACAAUGUGGACUGUUGGAUGGAGAUCCAGCAUGGUAAAGGCCCCUGGGCUCCUCCUGUUAGUGGGAUCGUGCCUCUGGGAUCCACCCUCACCCUUGUAGUGGCCAUCAAUGAUUACCGGGGAGAGUUUGACAUGAGGGUGAAGUCCUGCGCAGCUUCAGACGGAGGCGGCCACAUCAUCCAGCUGAGCGACGAACACGGCUGUGUCCUGCGACCAAAGAUGAUCAGCAGAUUCUUGAAAGCAAGAAUAGCGGACGAACGUGCAUCAGUCAUAACAUAUGCUUUCUUCCAUGCCUUCAAGUUUCCAGACGCCCUCAGCGUUCACAUUAAAUGCAAAGUGGAGAUCUGCAGACACGGAUGCCUCGACCAUUGUCAAAUAGGGGAUGAAAGCUACGGAGAGAGUGUUCCUCAGGAGACCUACAGACCGUUGGAGAGAAGAGACCCGAUGCAGCAGAAGCCGACACCUCCGGAGAAGUCGGAAGUCCCUCAAGAUACCUUUGGCGACCUUAUAUACGAUGACAUUUCCAACAUCGGGGACGAUCUGAUCAAUAAGCCAAAGCCGCAAAUGAACGUCAACCACCCGGAGGCUCAGCAUCAAACUGCAGGCAAGAACCCUGCACCCAUCAGGGAAAUUGUGGACGACAUUCCUCGGCCUUUCCAUGAGCCCCAGAUCAGACCAGCCGGUGGACAUGAGAGGUUUCCUCAUGGUCCCAGGAACCUAGACACUGAUUCAGAGCCUAUCAUAGGUACACUGACAGUGUCACAACGGCGGCGGCGCUCCGUGGUGGUGUCUGACCGCAAGGUGCGCAGUGCAGACGUGGGUGUGAGCGGACUGUACGAGGUCAUCUCCGAGGCAGACUUGGCGUUCACCCCGGACUCCAAGGCGGAGGCUGUCACAGUGUUCCAAGGCAGAAUCAGAGAGGAGGUUGUGUACGGGAUAUGUCUCCCAGUGCCGGGGUUCAGUGUCUUGUUCUUCCUGGUGGCAGUCUCAUCUGUCGUGUCAGCACUCGUGGCUGGCUCCCUGCUGUACCGCUACCGAGUGCAACGUGAAACACAGCAGCUGGCCGCGCAACAACAACGAGCGCGACAACCCGACAACACCGUCGUACUCAACUCCCUCACUGGCUGGAUGGCCCUGAGACUGCUACGAGCCCGUGCGCAACCGACACCGCAACAGACUUGCGGAUAGACAGCUCAGUGACAAAUGCUCAGUUCAAGUAAUGUGUAUUGUGCCAAAGAGGUUAAUUAGUUUACUGUAUAAAUAUUUGACAGUUGAUGAAACUAGUUUUAAGACGUCUGUUAUUACGUUUUUGUUAUUGUUAUGUUGUUGUGUUGUAACAA